AUGACUUCAUCGCCCGUAAUAACAAAUUUCACUACAACGGAAGCCGAGGGUACCAAAAAGUUUGUCAGAGCAAAUGAUGAACAUCAUGUCAAUAAGCAUAUUACGUCCAUACUUCCAAUAGGCUGCAGUCAGCCAGAUGAAUUCGACGCUCUUUCUAAAUUAAAUCCUUAUUCGGUUCCCAAAUGGAAGAAAAUAGGCAAUCUCCUUGCGGCUGGCACAAUAUUUGGAUUUGCUGCCCUGAAACCAAUUCUCAUCAAAGAUGGAGUUUAUCGUAAUCUCUGCUCGGACAGUGAAAUAGAACAUGGAGUUAAUGUCUGCUUUUAUCAGGAGACUCGCCUCAAUCUAAUGUUCACAACAGCUGCCGUUGGGACAAAUGUGGCCGCCCUACCUGUCGGUGCCAUACUUGAUAAAUAUGGCCCACGGAUUUGUGGAAUUAUCUCUUCUAUGCUUCUCGUCAUGGGAGCAUUAUCCUUUGCUUAUGGUAAUGAGCUUCCGUACGACGGCUAUUUUUCUGGUUAUUUGUUCCUUGCUAUUGGAGGUCCAUUUUCAUUUAUACCCUGUCUUCAGCUAAGCAACAUUUUUCCACAGCAUUCGGGUCUCAUCAUGGCUCUGUUAACCGGUGGAUUCGAUUGCAGCAGUGCAGUAUUUCUCAUUUAUCGGAUUUUAUAUGAAAGUAGUGGUGGGAUAUUUGGACCUAGUAAAUUUUUUCUAGCUUAUUUAGUUGUGCCCAUCUUCAUUAUCUCUACCCAAUUAUCUAUCAUGCCCAAUCCAUCACCUCAAUCAAAUCAACAAUUACUUAGGAAAGCACAAUGCCUGACAGGCCUGGAUAAUCAGCUCGGUGAAGAUACGGCCCUACUUGGUUCAGAAGGCCCGGAUACACAGCCUGUAGUUGCCGAUGUUACAGUGCCAAGAUCUGUAGACGAGGAAAUUACUAAAGAAGAGAGGAAGAACAGAAUAUCUGGAGUCUGGGGAGCGUUACAUGGGAAGACGAGCAAGCAACAAAUCAUUUCGCCAUGGUUCAUUCUUAUCACCAUUUUUACUGCCAUUCAAAUGACACGGAUUAAUUAUUUUGUUGCGACUAUACGCUCUCAGUACGAAUUCAUUUUAGGCUCCUACGAAGAAGCAGUUACAAUCAACAAAUUCUUCGACGCAGCACUCCCACUCGGUGGUAUCCUUGCUAUUCCCUUUAUUGGUAUAGUACUUGACAAUACAAGUACAACGUUUGCUCUUACUGCAUUAAUUACAAUGGUAACAAUUAUUGGUGGUCUCGGGUGCCUUCCAUAUACAUGGGCAGCUUACUCAAAUGUUUGUCUGUUUGUUCUGUGUCGUCCCUUCUAUUACACGCUUAUUUCAGAUUUUGCCGCCAAAGUUUUUGGAUUCAAAACCUUUGGUACUGUCUACGGUCUCAGUAUUUCCAUCGCUGGGCUAUUCAACUUUACUGCUAACUGGCUUGAUGCUAUUCGUCACAGUGUCUUCCACGAAGAUCCGCUUCCUAUUAAUCUAUUACUUCUUGUUGUUUCAUUGACUGUUGGAGCUGCUACUUGUAUCUUUGUUGGGUGCCAGUCGCGUAAAAUGCGGGAUAUUAGGGACAACUCUCCUGCAACUAUAGACGUCGAUUUUGACCUCGAAAACUCAUACAGAACUUAA